AUGUCGAUCGACGGUUUUAUCUCCGGUUCGAUUCGCGCUGCGGCGUGGCGCUACAACCUCUCAGAUGCUCUUCUCGGUGGCUACGACCGCGUCCGCCUUGGCGAACAGCUUCGUAGGGAGUACAAAAAGCAGAUGCUUGCGCACCAUCCCGACAAAGGCGGCGAUGCGGAAGAAUUUCUCAAAGCACAUGCGGAUUACCAGCUACUGUUUGACUACUUUCAACAGAAAGAGAAAGAAGCGACGUCAUCUAAAGAAAACGAUAGUGUUGGAGCUGCUGAAGAUAAUCCUGGAGGUGCAGGAGGUGGAAUAGGGAAGUCUUUUUUAGAUGCGAGAUUUCCUAAAAGGAGUUUCUUUGUCGCUGCAAAGAACGACUUCAAUGUGAAUAUACCACGGAUGAAUACAACUAGUACUGGUGGUGGGGGUGUCGUGACAACAAGCAAUGGUCGUACUGGUACUACUAGUUCAAUGACGUCGAGGCCAAGACGUGGGUACUCGACUGCCCAGAAGAUUAACAAGACGCCUGCCUCAUCAUCGUUUGUUGGCGAACAGCAAGAUGCUUCACCUGCUAAUACAACUUCUAGCACAGCAAGACAUCGACCAGAUUACACGUUUGAGAGCGAAGGCCUCGGUAAUUUACUCGGCCUCGGUCGAGCGGUGGGAGAGGUGAAACCUCCAUCGAGGAGAGGAGAAGAGAACCCGGAGCCUAUAGUUCAGACGAAUCGAUUCGAGGUAAAGAAGAGUGAGAAAGCGGAGCCUAAAGUUCAGACAAAGGUGGAAGCUUCUCCCCGUCCUGGGCUAGCACCAAGUCCGCCUAUAGUUCAGACAAAGGUGGAAGCUUCUCCCCGUCCUGGGCUAGCACCGGCAAGGAUAGACAGGGUAAUCAACAUAUCAUCAAAUUGAAGAAAGAGAAGAAGUAGAUACUCUACCUCACGUUCUUGCGACUGGAAAUUUUCUAAUUGCUGUAUCAUCAUUGAAGAAAGAGCAGAGGAAGAUAUUACUCUCCACGUGGUUCCUACUUGAGAAAAAAAAUACACAGUUUAUUUUAUCUUCAGCAUCACCCUGAUGUCUUCUACAGGAGAACGCACCAGAAGCAGACAAAGAAAAUGCAUCGCCGACAGAGGACGUGUCCGCUGGGGGAGUAGAGCAGGAGAAGACCCUCGUUGAGGACGACGAAGAUAUGGUUUUCAAGUCAGCAGAGGACUUGUUUCGACCAGUGAUCACGCAGCUCCUGCAAAGUCGGAUUUUGGGUUCGAACAAGGCUGCGAAAUAUGCAGAUAUGCUGUCCAGAAUCGGGUCUGGACAGGAAACGAGCACGGAGAGGCGAACAGAUACUUCUGAUGCGGUUGCAGCGUUGACUAGCCACGGCACCACGAAUCCCGUGGAAAGAACCGAACAAGAUCGUUGUCCAGCAAAACCAAAUUUGAAAAAAGAUGUGAACAAAGUCUAUCCACCACUGGCGUCCAGAACACUAUCAAAGGACAGCUCUGGUUCUUCGCAAGGUCCUGAUAGCAGCAGAGACGACAGUACUUCUAGUAGCAGUGGCAAUAGCAGUGGAAGUUCCUCGUGUACUAGAAGCAGCUGUUCACCAUCCUUCGAUGAGGAAGAGGAUGUCAACCAGGUGGAUUACAGGACCAGCAAGAACUACAAUGCAUCGACCACUGGUACUUCUUCUUCUACUAAGCUAAGAAACCUGAAACCUGGUACAAAAGAACCAGCACACACAACCAGUAGUCGAGAAAGUUCCUGCUGCGAAGAAAACGAGGUCCUAGAUCCUGCAUUGAGUUUGCGCAUUAGUCCGAAUGUGAAUUUGGCGACGCAUCUACAGAAAUACACUACGAGACCCGAAGACCGGACACCCCAGACGACGUGGAUAGAAUUAUGGAGAGUUGUAGAGAUAGAGAUAGUUGUGAUAGAUUAGUGUUAGUCUUAGCUGUUUGUUUUGGAGUUUCAUCAACGUUUCGUUUUCAUGCGUCAUCAAGAAACAUGUCUCUCCUCAUCCUUGUUUACAUAGAAGAGGUCCUCCUCUUUGUCUAAUCGAAAACUCAAAAUAAGCGAGUUACUGCCUGAAAUACAAGAGAAGUCUUGACUACUACAUUCGUCUUCCUUUAGUAUCUCCCUUAUUUAAGUAGUUACUCGCUUAUUUCAGUUUUUCGAAUACUCUUACCUCCAUCAAGAUUUCUAAUCAGCGUAAUUGCCUCGUCUUCCGCUUCCUCCAGUUCUGGCUCUUCGUCCAGAAAUCAGAGUAAAGGAGGAUGGAUGGCUCGGUUAAAAGACGCGAUCACUGACGAGGAAGCAGAAUCCUUAUCAGUAGAUGGAGUGUCAACAGUAAAAACUAGACGGGACCACGCAAGAAGGAAGAAGAACGAUGUCUCGGAUAUAUUCAAACCUAUGGGAGUUGAAGGAAAUUAUUUACAGAGUGCUGGGGUGGACAAUGUUGAAAUUGAGAACGUGAAUGAACUUCCACCUCGAUAUAAUUCAAGGAACAACAGGACAACUACGAGACCAAGAAAUCCACACAUAAUGGUGUUUCCUAAUCAAAAUGGUAGUAGUUUCGAUAGUAGCUUUUUCGUUCCUCCUGGAGGUCGUAGUUCUUCUGCCUCCUCAGCCUCUGCAACAGGGACAGAGUCAGAAGAGGAGUCGCCAAGUAAAGAUGUGUACAGAGACGCGAUAUCGAGUAUUGUACAGAACAUUCAUAAAAACAAGAAUAAACUGAAGUCGUGAUUUUGAGUCUGAGUCACAAUAUCCUACAGUUCAAGUAGAAGACAGCUGGUGCACGCGUGAG